AUGGCGAGGAACGACGGGCCUGCGGCCUGCCGGUUAGGAAUUCUCCCCCUAGCGCCGCCCCCGCCCCUGUUCAUCUCGAGCGACCCCCCGCCGACAUCGUCGCCUACGGGCUACGGCCGUGUGCUGUGCGCCGCGGAGGAAGGAGAGGUGGUGACGGCCCCCGUCAACAGCCAGAGGAAGCAAAGCAUCCACAUGUCGAGUACUGCAAAAGCGAUGGCAAACAAGUUGUGGAAGAAGCCACCAGCGCUGAAAGAGCCAGAAUUUAGAUUCGGCACGUUCAAGUUCAGUAUCAAGGCGUACCCAAGGUCUUCAGAUCGAUUGAAUUGUUACAUGUGUGGACUGGAAGACCAUCUCGAGCACUUCUGCCCUUACAACUGCAUCUUUGGAGGGCUCAUGCCAAGUUCACGCGACGCUUCGUACCCGUGAGCAACCUGCCACCAGGCUUCACUUUGUUGGACUUUCAGGAGCUCUUAGCUCCAUUUGGGCCGCUGCCGAUGUGGGAUGUUUCAAGGUUUAGGAAUGGCAUCUGUGGCUGCAGUUCUCAAAUCCGCCUGAGAUUCGGUGUUCGAGAAACGUUCAGAUGCAGAUAGGGCAAUCAACGAGCUCAAUGGGCUAUGAGGCUGGUGGCUGUAAACUUAAGAGUUGA